AUACUCGUCAUUUUAAUCAUCUUCUAUAUCUAAUAUAUACAGAUAAGUAUUGGUUGAAUAAAAUGUUAUAUAAAUGUAAUGAUUUCCAGGCCAAAAACUUUUUGACUAGCUAGCUAGCUAGCCAAUUUUGUGAAUUACUACUGUUUCAACUAUAUAUCAUCAAAUUGAAAAUGAAAUUUUCCCUUUAAGCAAGGAAAAUAAUUAUGAUCAGGAAGAAGCUUAUAGGAGUUCUUCUUGUAUCUUCCCUCAUUUUUCUAGUCACUCUUCGAUAUUCAACUCAACCAACAGUCCAAGGUUUGAAUCACAACUACGAAUCUUGCCAAAGUAGGUAUGAGUCAGGAAACUAUCGCAAAGAAUCGAUACACAAGCCUUGGCCUUAUUUAAUUUCUAGAUUAAGUGAGUACGAAGCACUUCACAAACGGUGUGGGCCGCAUACAGAGGCCUAUAAGCGAAAGGUUAGAAAACUAGAAUCUGGUCAUUUCACAGAUGACCAUUUUUCGGAUUGUAAAUAUCUUGUUCGGAUACCUCUAGAUGGGUUAGGAAACAGAAUGCUGAGCCUAGUCUCGGCUUUUCUGUAUGCUCUUCUCACGAAUAGGGUCCUUUUAGUUCACGAUAAGAGAAUCCGGAUGUCUGAUCUUUUUUGUGAGCCGUUUCCUGAAACAACGUGGUUACUUCCACGGAAAUUUCCUAUUUGGAAACGGCUCGACACCUUGAACCAGAAUUCCCCUGAAAGCUAUGGAAAACUUUUGGAUUUUUCAGGAAAUUUUUCGUCGUUAGCUUUUCUGUAUCUUCAUAUUGCUGGUGGCUAUAAUGAUAACGAUCAACGUUUCUUUUGUGACCAUGAUCAAAUUGCUUUUCAAAACGUUUCUUGGUUAAUUAUGAAAUCGAAUUUUUAUUUUAUCCCUUCUCUGUUCAUGAUUCCUUCGUUUGAGCAAGAGCUAGACAAACUUUUCCCAGUAAAAGAUACGGUUUUCCAAUUCUUGGCUCGGUACUUGUUCUUGCCCUCAAAUCCUGUCUGGGAUCUUAUAACCAAAUUCUAUCAAACACAUCUAGCAAAUUCAGAUGAAAAAGUCGGCAUCCAGAUUAGACUGUUUGAUCGUGAAUAUGUCGCGUCCUUAUUCAAGACUAGAUGGGAAUACAAUGCCAUUCCAGAUACAAUUUUAUCUUGUGCUUUGGAAAAUAAGAUGCUUCCAGAAAUCAGUACUAACAAAUCUUCAGAAGGAGAUCACCAUAAGUCUAUAGCUGUUAUAGUGACAUCUUUAACAUCUGAUCAUUUUGAGAAAAUUAAAAAAGUAUACUCGAAACAAUCAACUGUUGAUGGAAGUUUAGUUGAAGUUUUUCAACCAAGUUCGGUCAGGAGACAGAAAACCGGAAACAAGUGGCAUAAUAUGAAAGCAUGGGCUGAUAUGUACUUACUAAGCUUGAGUGAUAAACUGAUCACGAGUCCCGGGUCAACGUUUGGUUAUGUGGCUCAAGGUCUUGGAGGAUUGACACCAUGGAGUUUGCACAUGCCCGAUAAUGAGACAGUACGAAAACCUCCUUGUACGCGAGCCAUGUCCAUGGAGCCUUGCUUCCAUGUUCCUCCUUCUAAGGGCUGCGAUAAUAGAUCUGGGAUUGACACGGGCUCAAUUGUUCCUCAUGUUAGACAUUGUGAGGACUUCAGUUGGGGUCUUAAACUAGUUGACCCGAGUCACUUUUGAUGCUGCUGAACUAUCAUAAUCAUUGAUUCAUACAAAUGACCAAGAUUUUGCUUCAAGGAUAUAUGCAGAAUCACUCAUUUAUUUGAUCAGUUGAGUUGAUUUUUUUUAUAUUUGUUUUAGAUAUGUUCUAAGGUAGUUAUCUGCGUAGAAUUGUAAGAGAAAUACAAUAGUUAAAAUUGCAAA